CCUGAGUACUGAGGCGAGAGACCCAACGGUCCCUGUGAACGAGACUCCAUUUACAUAUUCGCCCUAAGGGUUUAAAGGCGUGUGUACAAGCAAAGAUUAGUGUGACAUACUGAUACACUUUGGCAGUGGAUUACUCUAACGGCACCAUCUAUCUCUGCUCUCAAGCUUUUUUAAAUAACACUUCUCGCUUCUCCAGAGACAGAAUAGAGAAGAACUUAAAAAAAAGACGACUGCAACAGUGAUGCCAUCCAACAAGUACUCCUCCGCUAUCAUGGAGGAAAGUGACAAGAUGACUGCCAUGGCUGCUGUAAAUGGCGACACAUCUGUAGGAGAGGGACUGUCAGAGAACGACAGCGGGCUGGAGAUGACCAAUGAGAACAGCCCGCUGACUGCGGCAGAGCCACCCUCACCUUUCUGCCCCAAACAGAACGGAGGUGCAGCCUCACCCGCAGAUGAGAGUGUGAACAGCAUUAGGAGAAAGCGAUCCCGCAAGCGAUCUGAUACGGAGGAAGAUAGUGCCUGGCACUCCUACUACAGUGAGGAAAAGGCUGAUGUGGGGUCCAGUUGUCAGACGGGUUUGCGCCAAAGGCCCUGUCCCAGGACUAUAUUCCAGGCUGGACUGACAGCUCACACUAAACCACGCAACAGAGAGAGGGGACGCAGCAAACAGGGCCACAUCAACCUGGUUUAUAGUGUUCUCGAGGGUCCUGCUCUGGAGCUGAUGGAACAGGACUCCAAAGACUCUGCACAGAGCAGUGCCACCUCCACCUCCACUACUGAAGCAGCCAGCCAACCUGAGUACAAGGAUAAUAAAGGUUUUGGUAUUGGAGAGUUAGUGUGGGGCAAGAUAAAGGGCUUUUCUUGGUGGCCAGGGAUGGUGGUGACCUGGAGAGCGACAGGGAAGAGGCAGGCCUCCCAUGGGAUGCGCUGGCUACAGUGGUUUGGCGAUGGAAAAUUCUCAGAGGUAUCUGCUGACAAACUGGACUCUAUCACAGCCUUCCCAAAGUUUUUCAACCAGUCAUCCUACAACAAGCUGGCCUCAUACCGCAGAGCCAUAUUCCAGGCCCUGGAGGUGGCUAGUAUUCGUGCAGAGAAUACUUUUCCUCCAUGUGAGUCAGACAGUCUUGAAGAGCAGAUAAAGCCCAUGCUUGACUGGGCUCAUGGCGGCUUUCUGCCCAAAGGUCAGGAGGGCCUGAAACCCAGAGAGAAUGCAGCUGAGUAUUGUGUUCUCCCCCUGGCCUCAGAGAGCUCAGCGCUGCCGGACUCCAGCCCUCCAGAGUUCCCGCCCUCUGCCAAGAGAGCUCGACUCAGUCUCUGUAAGACCAAACCUGGCCCUGAGGACGUCUAUAGCAGAGAACAAAUGGUCCAUGAAGUUUUAAAGAAUCACAGAAGUAUAGAAGAGUUCUGCCUCUCCUGUGGAAAGACUAGAGUGGCAACCUUCCAUCCACUGUUUGAAGGAGGCCUUUGCCUAACCUGCAAGGAUGUUUAUUUAGAGAUCUCCUACAUGUAUGACGACGAUGGCUACCAGUCGUACUGCACCGUGUGUUGUGGGGGUAGAGAGGUGCUGCUCUGUGGAAAUGCAAACUGCUGCAGGUGUUUCUGUGUGGACUGUCUGGAUAUAUUAGUGGGCGCAGGAGCAGCUAACAGCGCUCGUGAUCUAGACCCAUGGCGCUGUUACAUGUGUCAGCCUCUGCUGCCAUAUGGCGUAUUAAAGAAACGCCAUGACUGGAGUGUGAAACUACAGGAGUUCUUUGUCAAUGACAAUGGACAGGAGUUUGAAAGUCCAAAAAGUUACCCUGCAGUCCCAGCAGAGCAGAGACGUCCAAUAAGAGUGUUAUCAUUGUUUGAUGGCAUUGCUACAGGUUAUCUGGUUCUUCGAGACUUAGGCUUCAAGGUAGAUAUGUACAUUGCAUCAGAAGUGUGUGAGGACUCCAUUUCAGUUGGAGUUGUCCGGCAUGAAGGAAAAAUCCAGUAUGUGCAUGAUGUUCGCUGCAUUACCAGAAAAAAUAUUGCUGAGUGGGGGCCCUUCGACUUGGUGAUUGGUGGAAGUCCCUGUAAUGACCUUUCAAUUGUCAACCCAGCCAGGAAAGGUCUGUACGAGGGAACUGGUCGGCUGUUUUUUGAGUUUUACCGCCUCUUGAGUGAAGCGAAGCCAAAGGAAGGGGAAGAUCGACCUUUCUUCUGGAUGUUUGAGAAUGUGGUCGCUAUGAGCGUCAAUGAUAAGAGAGAUAUCUCUCGAUUCCUGGAGUGUAAUCCAGUGAUGAUUGAUGCCAUUGAGGUGUCAGCUGCUCACAGGGCUCGAUAUUUCUGGGGAAACCUACCAGGAAUGAAGAGGCCUCUGUGUGCUUCUGGCAUGGAUAAAUUAGAACUUCAGGACUGUUUGGAACAUGGUCGUGUUGCCAAGUUUGGCAAAGUGCGUACCAUCACAACACGGUCCAACUCCAUCAAGCAAGGCAAAGACCAACACUUCCCUGUCAUGAUGAACGGUAAAGAGGACAUCCUGUGGUGCACAGAGCUGGAGAGGAUAUUUGGCUUCCCCAUCCACUACACGGAUGUGUCCAACAUGGGACGUGGUGCCAGACAGAAGCUGCUGGGGCGGUCCUGGAGUGUACCUGUGAUACGGCACCUGUUUGCCCCACUAAAGGACUACUUUGCCUGUGAAUAACCUCUGUAGUCCAUAUUCAGUUAGUCCAAAGUCACACAACAAAUACAAAGUACAAAACCAAAUGUCUUCAGAAAAAUAAGGAUCUCUCAGAGACUAGCUAAUCCCCUAAAUUACAAGGUGUUCUCAGCUUUGUAGAGAUAAACCGAGAAGUUGAGUUGACUUGAGGAUGACGUGGAGACACUGUGGUGUGACGUUUAGAACGUCACUUAUUAAGAACACGGUUAGUUUUUGUACUAGAUGUUUUUGAGCUAGUUGUGCCUUUCGAGGUUUUUGAAGCCUUCAGGUUCUCAACACAUGCAGUUACCAUUUAUUAUUUACUGUCAUGAAAAUGAAAAGCAUUUUACCCCAUUUUAAAACGUUUUUAAUCACAAACAAAUAAAAAAAAUUGGAUCUUCCAAAGCUUACAGUAUAUGGCUAAGGAAUGUACAAAUUCCUUAUCAUGUCAUUAUAGAUUCAGUAUACUUGCAUGUGACACAUUUCCAUUGUAUAGUUGGCGUGAGAAAAUACUUGAAAUUAAUCAAUGCAAACUUGUAAACAUCAAGCUGUGAGCCCUCACAAAAAAUGCAUUUACAAAGAUGCGUUAAAAGAAUCUAUGCUCAAGGCAUGAUUUUACCAUGCCAGAAUUAUUUUACUUUGAUUUGUUUGAUUUAUGGUGAAGAUUUUAAUCAUUUAAAUUAUUUCAACAUUUCAUGAAAAAACUGACAAAACCCCCAAACUGACACUGAGGUAGUUUAGUGUUUCAUACAGUCUACAUUCCCUCUGUAAAAUUGCACAAUAUCAAUCUAACAAGAAGGUGUUUUUCAGAACUGAGAGCAGAACUGCAGGGGGCAUUAGCCUGCGCUAAACAUUACAGAAUACUAUUUUCCUGAGAAGUAAUUUCUGUCAAGAUAGAGAUCAGACAUGUACUGUAUUUUAACCUUGAAAUUAAUGUUUACAUAUUUCAGCGUUAAGUUUUUAGAGCUUUCUCGGAUACCUUAAAUUGUAUGUAAUUUUGCUGACUGACCUCUACAAAGAGGGAGUGGUAUAGAAUAAUGCUGGCUCUAUAUGGGUUGCACUCACAUAGAUGCUUUCAUUUAACUUGGAAACUAUUGUUUUUAUAUUUACUGUAGUUACAAACAAUAACAAAAACAUCAUUAAUGUUGAUAUCUAGCACUCUCUGAUUUUUUUUUAAAUUUGGGACUCAUUUGUCCAAAACACUUAUGUGGUGCCUUUGAAGAGAACUCAUACAGCCUACCAUACAGGAUUCAGGUUGCGAAGAAACUUUCUUCUUUUGUUUUAUAGACUUAAUGUUGUAACUCAAACUGUUAUACAAGUUAUAAUAAUAUACUGUAUGUGCUUAAGGAAAACUACUGUCCAAACUCAAAGCUUGAAGACUGAAGGAACCUUAAUACUUCAUCCACAAUUAUCUUUGCCUUUGGAUAUUGUAGGCAAAUUACACUCGUUUUUAAUUGUCUUCAAAAAAUGUCUUAUAUACAUCUAAAGCCUUGGCUUGACAGGCAAAAAUUGAUGUAUAAACAGCACAACAAUCUUCU